CGAAGAGAGACGAUUAUCCUGGAGCAACUGGUUUGCUGCAAAUGGAAAGGAGCUUCCAUUCUUCUUGGAAAGAAGACUUGAAUUUUUAAACCUUCCUCAUAUUCCAUGCCUGCAAAAGACAUAGCCAUGCUAUAUUAACUUCAUUUUAAAAGGAUUCCUUCUAAAAAAAAAAUAUUCAACCUCGAGUGCUUUGUAAACUCUAGGGGAUCUGGAUGAACAUGAAUCAAAUGUUUCUGUUUGGAUUUACCGGCAUUGAAGAUAUCAAGGAUUAUCCGUAUAAUUAUCUUUAGUUUUCAUCAUCCCCCUGCGCUCAGAAAAUAUCUUUGACAAAAUGAAUGCUUUGACAGUAAAGAGAAGAUUGCCUGUGCUGCUUUUUCUUUUUCACAUUUCACUGAGUUCCAUCUCGUCAAAUACAAUAUUGGAGAAUGAUUUCCACUCUAGUUUUGUCCAGAGAAGACUAAAAGGCCACGAACGCAGAGAGAUUCAAAAAGAGAUCUUGACUAUUUUAGGUUUGCAACACAGACCAAGGCCAUAUUUACCGGAGAAAAAGAAGUCUGCACCAUUAUUCAUGAUGGAUUUAUACAAUGCAGUAAAUAUUGAAGAGAUGCAUGCUGAAGAUGUUUCCUACAGCAAUAAGCCGAUCUCCCUAAAUGAAGCUUUUUCACUGGCCACUGACCAAGAGAAUGGCUUUCUUGCACAUGCCGACACAGUCAUGAGUUUUGCUAAUUUAGUUGACAAUGACAACGAAUUGCAUAAAAACUCCUAUCGCCAAAAAUUCAAGUUUGAUCUAACUGAUAUCCCACUUGGAGAUGAACUGACAGCCGCUGAAUUUCGAAUUUAUAAAGAUUAUGUACAAAAUAACGAGACAUACCAGGUCACCAUCUACCAGGUGCUUAAGAAGCAAGCCGACAAAGAUCCUUAUCUUUUCCAGGUAGACUCAAGAACCAUCUGGGGCACAGAAAAGGGAUGGCUGACGUUUGAUAUUACUGCAACUGGUAAUCACUGGGUGAUGAACCCACAUUACAACCUUGGAUUGCAGUUAUCAGUAGAGAGUAUGGAUAUGCAAAAUGUUAAUCCCAGGCUUGUGGGCCUUGUUGGAAAGAAUGGUCCUCAAGACAAACAGCCAUUUAUGGUGGCAUUCUUUAAAACCUCAGAUAUCCAUCUCCGCAGUGUUCGAUCUACUAGCAACAAGCACUGGAAUCAGGAAAGAGCCAAGACCUACAAGGAGCAAGAUAAUUUACCUCCAGCAAAUAUUACUGAUGGCAUCAUGCCCCCUGGAAACGUCGUUUUAAAGCAAGCUUGCAAGAAACAUGAACUGUUUGUAAGUUUCCGCGAUCUUGGUUGGCAAGACUGGAUCAUUGCACCUGAAGGAUAUGCUGCCUACUAUUGUGAUGGAGAAUGUGCUUUCCCACUUAACUCUUUCAUGAAUGCCACAAACCAUGCCAUUGUACAAACGUUGGUACAUUUCAUUAACCCAGAGACUGUCCCUAAGCCAUGCUGUGCACCAACUCAGCUCAAUGGUAUUUCUGUUUUAUACUUUGAUGACAGUGCCAAUGUUAUAUUAAAGAAAUAUAAAAAUAUGGUGGUUCAAGCCUGUGGUUGCCAUUGACAAUAGCAGUUAUUCUGUUUUUAACAGUCAUUUUAAUGGUAUUGUCCUUAUGUUUAUUUUAAAGUUUUUAAACAGUAGAGAUACUUGACCACCACACUUAAAAAAUGCAUUGUACACCUUAACGGAUGAAAAGAUUUUGUUUUUGCUAUGAUUUUCAUGCAGUUAGGAAAAUGUUAUAUGUUCAUUAUUUCUGUAAUGUAUUGGCAUGUUAUUGUAUCCAAGAAGAACAAUGACUGAUGCAAUCAAAAUAUGGCUCUUCAACAGAAAAUGUACAACUGCAAUGGGCAAAUAAUUAAACAAUUUUAAGACAC